AUGGUAAAGCUUGCAACAAUUGAUAAUUAUAUUGAUGAUCGUCUUGAUAAUUAUAUUGUAGACGAAGAAGCAAACAGAAAUAAUGAUACAUAUGAAGAGGAUCUAAGUUUAUUAUCCCAGACUAAUUUAAUUUUAGAAGAUGUUGUAAAUCUUCGGGACCUGGUCUUUCAAGAAAGAGAUACUGUACCAUUUGAAUUUUCUUUUAAUACUUCAGAGACUAGUGUUGAAGAAAAUAUCAAUAUGAACUUUAAUCCUAAGGAUCUUGUUGAUUCUGUUUUAAAU